AAAGCGUGUAUGCGCACGAUACAGACAGACACUACACUAUACACAGGAAAAACAACAAGGAAAAGGCCGAAGCCGAGCGGUGAUCUAGUGGACCCGCUAGAACCUAGCAUUUUCUAGCUUGUGACUCUUCUGGACUCUUUUGUGUGCGAUGGCACGCAGACGCCCCACCAGCAGGGGAGCUGGCAAGGGCUCAGAUUCUGAGGUGGACAAGAAUACAAAGGAAAGGGGCAGAGACAGGAACAAGAAGUCGACAGCCUCUUCAUCUAGUGGCAGUGGAAGCAGCAGUCGGAGUUCGUCAAGCAGCUCGAGUUCAGGUUCAAGCUCGAGUUCUGGGUCAAGCUCAGGAUCAAGCUCUCGGUCAAGUUCCAGCUCCAGUGGGUCAAGCAGCUCCAGUUCCAGCUCUGGAACUCGAUCUAAAGCUACCAAACGAAAGACGGGAAGUGCUUCCCAUAGCAGAAGCCGCAGCAAGAGCAAGACUCACAGCAGGAGCCGCAGUAAGAGUAAUGACCGCAAAAACAAAAAGAAAGAGGAUGACAAAAAGAAGGCUGUUGAAAAACCAAAGCCAAAACCUAGAAGCAGAACACCAUCACCAGUACGGUUGGCACGAAAGCGUAAGGAGAGGGCACCUACUCCUCGUCCUGUCCGGGUACACAUUGGCAGAUUGACUCGCAAUGUGACAAAGGACCACAUAUUUGAAAUAUUCUCAGCUUACGGAACUGUGAAGCAAGUAGAAUUCCCUCUUGAUCGAUCACAUCCAUUUGGCCGUGGCUUUGCAUAUGUAGAAUAUGAAACUCCUGAUGAAGCUGAAAAUGCCAUGAAGCACAUGGAUGGAGGUCAAAUUGAUGGGCAAGAGAUAACAGCCGCCCCUGUUCUGUUGCCCAAACCCCGCAUACCGAUGCCUCGGCGCAGUCCACCUCCACCCAUGAGGAGGCCAAUGGGUCAGCGUUGGGGCAGAUCUCCACCGAGGUAUCGUCGCCGCACGCCGCCGCCACCUCGGCGUCGCCCUUCGCCCCCUCGCCGACGACCCCGCUCUCGCUCCAGGUCCCCUGCCCGGCGAAGGCGCUACAGUCGUUCCAGUUCAAGCAGCUCUCGCUGAGGGCCGCUGGAAACCGGCUCUUCCAAAUAUCUUUUUUUUUUUUUUUUACUGUUUCGUGAACUAUACUAUUUUAACCGUAGUGGUUAAAAGAUACUUGACCAAGGAUGAUAAUUAUAUCUGGAUUGUUCUCGUGAAAUCAACUUAAUGGCACUGGCUAAGCUAGUUUUUUGAAAGUGCAAAGCAUUGUUUCCCUUUUCCUUUAGCUUUCUUGAUUGACGACCUUUCAUGUCAUGUCAGGUGGUGAAAGUGAAAGUGAUCUCAGACCUCAUGAAUAUGUAUUCAAGAAUUACUACAAUAAAUAAAUGUGUUU